ACAGGUGCUAUGCGUCAUCCGCCAUAACGUUUGAGAAAAGAUAUUUGUGAAUUGUGAAAGUGAGCUUUUGUUUGACUGUGAAAAUAACGUAAUUUAUAUAUGAUUGUAACUAGAAAAGUGUAUUUAUCAAGUGUUUGAAAAUGAGUGAGAGUUACAGAAUGAAGACUGGAUAUAAUCAUUCAGAACUAUCAGUGGAAACAUCUAGUGACAUGUCAGAUUCUUUCAAUAUGUUUUCGAGCAAUUUAAGUCCUAUACCACCAACAUUAUUAUUGCCUAGGAAAUUGGAUUUUAACAGUUUGGACGAUGAUGAUUGUGACAGGAAAGCUUCAACAGCACCAAUGUCUUUCAGCCCACCUUAUAAGCGCGUUGGUGCCUUGACACUAUUCGACAGUCCGCGUACACCGAAGACUUUACUUGAGAAAUGUUCAACACCAUCUAUCAAUCGCUCCAGGAUUCGAUUGUUCCCACCGAAACUUGAGAUUCCGGCGGGCAUGCCGUCUGGCUCCAGCCAUCAUCUUCAUCCACCAUCUAAUCAGCCAACUAUGGAUGAAGACAGUGCCUUUAUAAGCAUAGCCCCUGAGGAUAUAGAGGAACCAAAGCCUCGUAAACAACCUUUGGUCAACAUCAAUCCUUUCACACCUGAUGGUCAAGCGAUGAACAAAAAGAAACGAGCCUUGUCUAAAACUCCUAAUGGUGAUUCAACACCUGAGAAUCCAGCAAAAAGAUUAAGGGAAUCGAACAUAUCCCGAUACAACGUGGAGUUCCAAGAGCUAGGAGUGAUCGGAUGCGGCUCCUUCGGCCGCGUGACGAAAUGCCUGAACAAGCUGGACGGGUGCGUGUACGCACUGAAGCGCUCGCUGCGUCCGGUCGCGGGCUCGUACGCCGAGAGGGCGGCCAUUACCGAGGUGUACGCGCACGCUGCGCUUGGGAAGCAUCCGCACGUUGUCAGAUAUUACUCGGCCUGGGCGGAGGAUGAUCAUAUGAUCAUUCAGAAUGAAUACUGCGAUGGUGGUUCCUUACAACAGAAAAUGGAGCAUGGGCCGCUACCCGAAAGUGAAUUAUUGCUGCUAUUGGCCCAUAUAAGUGAUGGAUUGUCAUAUAUUCACUCAAUGCACCUUGUACACAUGGACUUAAAGCCUGGAAAUAUAUUCAUUUGUCGAGAGGAAGUGACGUCACACACUGAUUCAGAUGACGGAUAUGACGAUGAUGAUGCGCCUAAUAGACCAGGCAGACAUAAAUAUAAGAUUGGUGACUUAGGCCAUGUAACGUGUAUAUCGUCACCGUCGGUGGAAGAAGGCGAUUGCAGAUACUUGCCCAAAGAAAUACUGCAUGAGAACUUUAAUCACCUCACCAAGGCGGAUAUAUUUGCUUUUGGUCUUACCCUGUUUGAGGCGGCUGGUGGUGGUCCCUUACCCAAAAAUGGUCAAGAAUGGCAUGAUAUUAGGGAUGGCAAAUUACCAGAUUUACCUAAAGUGUCUCGGGAAUUUAAUGAAUUAUUGAAGAAAAUGGUGGAUCCGAACCCCUUAAAUCGUCCCACAGCGGCCCGUUUGCGUCGUCACUCUCUUCUCCACUCGUCGAGCAAUAAGAGUAAAGAGCAGUUGCGUAGGGAGUUGGCCGAGGCGAAACUCAAGAACGAGCUACUCAAUAGCCAGCUAGAGCAGGCUGCAAGGUGCAUAAAAUCUCUAACACCGAACCUGCAAAGUCAAGAAUCGGCAAAAUUUCGCACGCGAGCCUCGAAACGCUUGCACACACGCGCCGAGAAUAUUGAUGACGUUAUCAGGUCUGUGACGUCACCGUUUCUCAACCGGAUUUUACCCGCUAAGAAUACCCGGGAAACUAGAUGUAUAAAAUCGUUAACGCCCAGUCAAGACAAAAAUUUCCGCACUCGCGCCUCCAAACGCUUGCAACCCCGAGGGGUUGACAUCGAAGAUAUUCGGACAGUGACGUCACCAAGACGCUUAUGUGGUACCGUAGCGGCCAGAAAACAGGGUAAAAGGAUUUAAGAUCAAAUAUUUUAAAUUAUAUUUCUAAAUGUAUAAAAGUUUAGUAUAAGGACUAUUUCAAGUAUCAAAAUUAUUUUUUCUAACUGUAAAAGACGUCACAUAUAUCCUUGGUUUUAUCGUAUCUCAAGUCGCAAUCCCGUCUUGAGUGCUGUCACACGUGCUUUGACAGCUCUUGAAGUUAGUUUUAAGUUUAAUAGACCGUUCUAGAAUACAGGAAAUAAACAAUUACUAAACUAAAAUUCAUGUUAAUCACUUCUGAGGUUAAUUGAUUGAUACGAAUACAAAUUAAAAACAUUGUAAUGUGUGCAUUAUUGUUUAAGAAUCAAAUCUAAAAAAAAUAUUCAAAGUAUCUAUAAUAUACAUUGAUAUAUAACAUUAAUGUGACGUCACAAGCAAGAAUUGCAAUUAUUUCGAUAAACACUGCUAUAUAUUUGGCUAAUACAUAUUUGAAAUAGAUGGCAACACAGAUUUUGCUGUAAAUGGCGCGUAAUAAUAUACAGAGUGGAACGCAACAGGAGUUAGAACCCCUGAAUUCAUACUUCUAUCUGUUAUUAAGUCCGCAUAAAUAUUUGGUUUGGGUUAAAACGCACAGUCUACAAUAGAUAAAAUGACCGAAAAUAAAGUUUUUUUUAAAAUUUAGUAUCGCAUCAGUGGCUGCCCGUUACUUCUUAGUAAUAGUGAAGAUAUAUCGCAGUAAAGUAGUUAAGUCAGAGAGUUAAUUGAAUCUCUAGACAGCUAAUUAAAUAUCGAUAAACACUUGGAAUUAACUACUUUACAGCGACAGUGUAUAUUCACACUACAUUUUUACUUUAUCUAUUUUGUAUCAAUGCCCUGACAGAUAGGGAAAUGACAGAAGAAUGUCAGAUUGCUUGGGCUGUAAAAGAGUAGGUGUCAUGUCAAUGUCAAAACUCACUUUGAAUAAUAAGAUAAGAAGAAGAAGAAAAAAGUGUUUCGCCGAGAGCAGAACUACUUCUUAACACUUCUAUAUCUUAGCUAUUUUGCAGCGUGAUAAAAAUAGGCAUUUCCCUGGUUGGAUAUCUGAUCUAGUUUAAAUAUAGCUUCGGUUUUUCUAUAAUCUUCCAUAGAUUAUAGAAUUGGACGAUUUAUUGUGAAUAAAGUAAUUUUGCUUAAAUUAGUUUGUGUUACGUCAUUGCUAACACAAAACUUUUGAAUCGACAAAAUUUGUAUCGACAUUUAAAUUAUUAUUGUUUAUAAUAUAAUUAUCAAUGUCUUGCUUAUCCACUCUGUAUAUAAAAUAAUUCGACAAACGGAAAGAUAACUUAAUAUUGAAAUAUUAAGCGAUUCCAAGUUUGCGCCAAAACUUUUGCUUUUAGAUGACAUCGAUACCGGUUUCCAAAAUAGCUACUGUUAGUAAUACCGAAAAACCGGUUAUUUUGUAACCGAUAUCGGGUUUUAUAUCCUAUUUACAUAUAUCCGUCUGGUUACGUCAAUUUAUAAUAUAGUAAUAUAAAUUGUGAAUUAAGCUAUUUCAAAAGACAUGGAAAGUUUGAUAAAAUUGAAAAAGACGGAUUUUAAUAAGGUUGUCUUAUAAUAUCCGUUCUGAUCAGGCCACGUCCUUGUUUUGAGCACUGGAACAUUGUUAGACAGAUCUUGAUAGAAGAAUUUAGAUUGGCCUGAAAACGAUUAUAUAAUAUAAUUAUCGUUUUCAAAAAGUUUCUAUGGUUUGACCCAUAAAUAUCGUCAUAGUCAAUAAAAAUUAUAUACAGGAUUGUUAUAAAUCCUGAUAAAUCAACCCGUUUUAUUAGACUAAGGGCCUGUUUCACAAUGUCCGGAUAAGUUCCAAAUAAGCUAUUUAUUACUUAUUGGUAGGAUAAACAGUAUUUUUUCGUUUCACGACUGUCAGAUAGCGCUAUUCGUCAUGAAAUGUCAAGUAUAUUAUUUGAAACUUUUAUCUUUCGAAUAAUUUAUGUGUUGCAUAGCUAUUUGAGAGUUUAUCCAUUGUCUAUCACAUUGUGAAACAGGCCCUAAACGUGGAAAGGUCGUGUCCGCAAAUGCGAUUCUAUUACUAGGAGGCCGUUAAAGUAUUACGUAAUCACUAUAAAUAAAAUA